UAGCGACACUUCCAGCGGUUUCUAUUUAGAGGGCUGAUCUCGUUAUGUAGAGUGAAACGGAUUCCAACCAAAAAUUUCGUCUACAGAAAUACUGGUGGUCUUGCUUCCUUGUUGUAGAAACGAAAUGGGAAAAAGAGACAAAAGAGUGGCAUGCAUGAAUCCCAUUGCUAUGGCACGAGCAAGAGGGCCAGUGUCUUCUGGACCAACAGUGAGAGAUUACCUAAACAGAAAUCGACCAACAUUGGAAGAAGUUAAAGAAAUGAUUAACAAAAAGAAGACAGGUUCAGAGACUCUAGCAGCCUAUGAGGAACAUCUAAACCAGAAAUUUAGAAAUGAACUAAAGAAAAACAGAGAAAAGCUGUUAGGCAGUUCAGAAGGUUCUUCCAAGACUAGAAGAAAAGAGAGAAAGCUUCUUUUCUUGCUUUGGUUUAAGCGUCCUUCUUCAUCUUCCUCAUCAAUGUCAACUUCUGAUAACAGUGAAUCAGAGGAGGAAUAUAAGCAAAGAAAGAAGAGUAAAAAGAGUAGAAAGAAGAGAAAGCAAACUGAGAGUGAUGCUUAUGAACCCAGGACUAAAAAGAGAAAAAGGAAACACAGACAAGAUAGCAAUGAACACUCUUUAUCUCCUCCAUAGCUAUGAGAUUAUAUCUAACGAAAAUAAUUUUUACUAUGAAACGAUAAGUUGCUCCUGUUCUGCUGGAUAGUAGUAGAUGGACUUGUGAAAUGUUGUUUAAUAUAAGAAGUCAAAUGAAAUUUGUGAUAGGCAGUGGAAAUGAUUUGUUAUUUUCAUCAUUUUGAUUUCUCAUUUGGGGGCAAGGCUCAACAGACAGUCACAGACACAGUAUUUAUUGUACAUGCCUGAAUAUAAAUCAUGGUUUGUAGGAAAUCAUACUUUUAGUCCAUUCACAGACCAAUACCUCUGUUUAGUAAUCAAAGAAACCAAACCAUGUUAGUCCUCUACUUUUUAGCAACAGUUUAUCUGUCAAACAAUGUUAAUGAGAUAUUGAGUCCAAAAAGGAAAACAAAAACUACAUUGCUCUACUUAUAGGCUAAGAUGAUUUAAAUUUUUUGUUAUUAUUUGAUGUAUUUGAACUCUUCCCAGUUAAUGUACAUAGCACAUCAUUUCAUGCUGAAGACCUUCCUACAAAUAUUUCUCAACAGAAACAACUGUAAAAAUUAAGCUUUAAAGGGUGUGAAGUUUCUGAGUAGUUUUUGUUCAAAGGUUUUGUUGUCAUUUUAGAGCAGGUUUUAUAGUGACAAUACAAUGAGAUGUAGUACUAUAGUGUUAAACAAAUAAAUAUGUUAUUUACAG